CAGAACCUGGCCAGCUCUCUCCUCGUUACACCGCUUGCCGUCUUGCACUACGCCGCGAAGCCAAAGGCCGCCGCCCGCCGUCCGCCGUCAUGGACGCAGGCUCCGAGAUCGUGUACGAGAUGCCCGGGUUCAUACGCAUCCACAAGAGCGGCCGCGUGGAGCGCUUGCAAGGCACCGAGACCGUCCCUCCCUGCCCCUCCGGUGACCCCGCCAACGGCGUCGCCUCCAAGGACGUCGUCCUUGACCCGGCGGCCAACGUCUCCGCCCGUCUCUACCUCCCCGCCGCCGGCGCGGCGGAGCCUGGAAAGAAGUUCCCCGUUGUCGUCUACUUCCACGGUGGCGCGUUCGUUGUCCACACAGCGGCCUCACCGAUCUACCACAAGUACGCCGCCUCCCUCGCCGCCGCGGCGCCCGCCGUCGUCGUCUCCGUCGACUACCGUCUCGCUCCGGAGCACCCCCUCCCGGCCGCGUACGACGACGCCUUCGCGGCCCUCAAGGCGGUCGUCGCCGCGUGCCGCCCGGACGGCGCCGAGCCCUGGCUCGCCGCGCACGGCGACGCCUCCCGCGUCGUCCUCGCCGGCGAUAGUGCCGGCGCCAACAUGGCGCACAACACGGCGAUGAGGCUCCGGAAGGAUGGCAUCGAGGGCUACGGCGACAAGGUCAGCGGUGUCGCGCUCUUGCAUUCCUACUUCUGGGGGACUGAACCGGUGGGCGGCGAGUCCCCGGACGCCGCCUUCUUUUACCCCGGCGACGUGGAGCGCGUGUGGGAUGUGGCCUGUGGUGACAAGUUCGGCCGUGAUCACCCGUACAUCAACCCGGCGGCGUCGCCGGAGGAGUGGCGCCAGCUCGGGUCCGGCCGCGUGCUGGUCACCACGGCGGAGUUGUGCUGGUUCGUGGAGAGGGCGCGCGCGUACGCGGAAGGGAUCAAGGCGUGCGGGUGGGCCGGCGAGCUCGAGUUCUACGAGACCAAGGGCGAGAGUCACACCUACUUCCUGUUCAAUCCCGACUGCGACGAUGCCGCCAAGGAGCUCGCCGUCGUGGCCGACUUCGUCAGGCGCUGCUGAGUCUGCUUCGCUUGCUCAUCCAGUGAGUGAUUGUGAUUCAGUAAUAAAGGAACACCUACUGUAAUUUCUACGAAUUCGGUAAUUGAUUGCACUUGUGAGUUGCAACACGAACGGAAACAAUUUUUGCUCCUCUGAAUCAGUUGCUAAUUGCAGCUUCAUUGCAUAGUUGAAGCAAAACGGACUGAACUGUAAGCUGUUUUGGUUGUGGUGCCUGUAGAAUUUCCUCUGAAACACCUGUAGAAUUUCCUUGUGCUUUCUGUUGCGGUGCCUGUAAGCUGUUUUGUAGCACCUGUAUCUGCCGUUUUCAGUUCAUUGUUGUUCUUUCCAGUUGUAUGGGCCGAUGUAAUUCCUGGCCAGUUGAUGGCUUCAUUAAUUCAAAGCCAGGC